UGUUGCGUCGCGUCGUAUGCGGUGUAUUUGGGGUGUUACUGCGCCACCACUUAUAAGUGCAUUCUGAUGUAUGGCAAGUGGAUUAAAUAAUCUCUACUGCACCUCUGACUGCUUUCAGAACUGUUAUGGAAACGAAAUUUAACCUAUAGCCAUAUUUAAGCUUUAGUGGCACAAAGCCACCGCAGAGACGCAGAGUCAGUAUUUCACAUAAGCAUGGCUGAGCGCGGGACGUGCGCGCCUCUCACAUAUCACAGCGCGUCAUUGCAUGGAGAAAAGGGAGAAUAUUUGACUCAGGUUAGUGAGGCUGAAUGAGAAGACGAUGGACAGCCGGACCGAGAAUCCCACCAAGGCAGCGGGUUAUCUGAAGGAGCUGAAUAAGAUCAUAGAGACCCAACAGACGCUGCUGGAGAGGCAGAAGAGGCGCAUCUUUGAGCUGGAGCAGCAUGUGUCCGACCUGUGCGCCGAAAACAGCCGUCUGAGACACGAGUACCAGCGGCAUCUGCUCACCUGCAGACUGCGCUCCAUCCAAGAAAACAGCCCGCAACAGCAACCAGAAUAUGGCAGUACAAGAAUCGUCAGAAGACACGCCUCUCUUCCUGUGGAAAUGACAGACAGUCCCAGCAGCCUCAGAUCAGCCGUGUGUAUGAGAACCGUGCCGUGCCGACAGUGGAAGUCUGCAUCUUUCGGUGUGGAGGGGAAUGUUCAAAACAGUGAGCCGGGCCCUUCCUUGGACACCAGCAUAGGAUAUGGCCAUGGCCGUGGCCCUGUCACACACAGUUCUUCCUUGAGUCCGGACCAGUUUGAGAGCCCAGUGUACGGCCACAGCGUCCAACCAGGCCCACAGCGCCCUCAGCGACCCAAACUACAGCACUCUCAAUCUAUCCUCCGCAAGCAGGCAGAGGAGGAGGCCAUCAAACGCUCACGCUCCCUCUCUGAAAGCUAUGAGCUCUCCACAGACCUUCAGGACAAGAAGGUGGAAAUGCUUGAGCGGAAAUAUGGAGGCCGUUUCAUAACCCGCCAUGCUGCACGCACCAUCCAGACGGCUUUCCGCCAGUACCAAAUGAACAAGAACUUUGAGCGUCUCAGGAGCUCUAUGUCGGAGAACCGCAUGUCCCGCAGGAUUCUUUUGUCCAACAUGAGGAUGCAGUUUUCCUUUGAAGGACCUGAGAAAGUCCACGCCCCUCUUUUGGAGGGGAGGCAAAUGUCUCUCCUGGACGAUGUCAGCCAAGUAGGAGGCAUGGUGCAGGCUGGAGAGAUGGUUCCUGUCAUUUUGGAAGCCCCAGAACCGCAAAACGACUUAACAGAUGCGAUCACAGAGCUAGAGGAUACUUUCUCAAGGCAAGUGAAGUCGUUGGCGGAGUCGAUCGACGACGCGCUGAACUGCCGUAGUCUGCACAAAGACGAGAUGCAGCCUGAGCAAGUGGUUUGUCAAGAGGGGAUGCAGCAGGAUGAUGAGCUUCCUCAGCCUGAUAAGCACCACAAGCUGGAUGAGAUCUGUGACGUGACGCUCUUUAUCGAUGAAGAGGAGCUCUCUCCACUGGUUCAGUCGUCCUGCCCAAUAGAGCAGCCAUCUGGCUCUGAGUCUGAACAGCACAUGCAGACUGUCAGCUGGUCUGUGAAUGCCAAGGAUGACAAGGUGGACUCGGACACUAGCUACAGAAGCACUCCUUCUCUCGAAUGCCAGGGGCCGCGGAUCUGUGCAGACUUACCCCUGUUGACCAUCGAGCCUCCCAGCGACAGCUCAGCAGAUGUAAGCGAUCGCUCUGAGCACGGUUCAGUCCAGCCACUAAAUAUUCACGAACGCACUGCAGCGGCACCACGGGCAGGCCCCAAACAAGUCACACAUGGACUACCUCCUAGAGUUCCCUCGCUUUCUCGAGACGAAGAGCCGCUUAGACACCGGCAGGUGGAGAGCCACCUGGCCACCAACGGCAACAGGCAGAGCAAGUCAGAGUCAGACUUUUCAGACGGAGACAAUGACAGUAUUAACAGCAAUUCAAAUUCCAUUGACACCAUAAACUCUGAAUUGUCAUCUAGAGAUGAGAAUCUGAGAGAACAGAGUCUCAGCAAACAGACCUACCACAAAGACACUCGCAACAGCUGGGACUCUCCGGCCUUCAGCAGUGAUAUCAUGCGCAAGAGACAAUACCGCAUCGGCCUCAACCUCUUCAAUAAAAAGCCAGAGAAGGGAAUACAGUACCUGACGGAGAGGAGCUUUAUUCCUGACACGCCCGUGGGUGUGGCCCACUUCCUGCUGCAGAGGAAAGGCUUGAGUAGACAAAUGAUUGGUGAAUUUCUCGGGAACAGACAGAAACAGUUCAACAGGGAUGUUUUAGACUGUGUGGUGGAUGAGCUGGAUUUCUCAGGGAUGGAGCUGGAUGAAGCUUUGCGGAAAUUCCAGGCUCAAAUCCGGGUUCAGGGGGAGGCACAGAAGGUGGAGCGCCUGAUCGAGGCUUUCAGCCAGCGCUACUGCAUCUGUAACCCUGAUGUGGUUCGUCAGUUCAGAAACCCUGACACCAUCUUCAUCUUGGCUUUCGCCAUUAUCCUCCUCAACACAGACAUGUACAGCCCCAAUGUCAAGCUGGAACGCAAGAUGAAACUUGAGGACUUUGUCAAGAAUCUACGAGGAGUUGAUGAUGGCGAGGACAUCCCUCGGGAGAUGCUGGUUGGUAUUUACGAGCGGAUCCAAAAGAAGGAGCUCAAAACUAAUGAGGACCACGUGUCUCAGGUGCAGAAGGUGGAGAAACUCAUUGUGGGCAAGAAGCAAAUGGGAUCACUUCACCAUGGCCUUGGAUGUGUGUUGUCUCAGGCCCAUCGCAGGCUGGUGUGCUACUGCAGACUAUUCGAGGUCCCAGAUCCUAACAGACUGCAAAAACUCGGGCAGCACCAGCGGGAGAUCUUCCUAUUUAAUGACCUCCUGGUGGUUACCAAGAUCUUCCAGAAGAAGAAAAAUUCAGUGACGUAUAGUUUCAGGCAAUCUUUCUCUCUGUACGGGAUGCAAGUGAUGCUCUUUGAGAACCAGUUCUAUCCUAACGGUAUCAGGCUGACUUCAGCAAUUCCUGGUGCAGACUUCAAAGUCCUGAUCAAUUUCAAUGCUCCCAACUCUCAGGACCGCAAGAAAUUCACCAGUGACCUGCGAGAAUCCAUCGCUGAGGUCCAGGAAAUGGAAAAGUACCGGAUAGAGUCUGAGCUGGAGAAACAGAAAGGAGUGGUCAGACCCAGUAUGUCUCAGAGCAUGUCAGGCCUGAAGAAAGAGACCGGAAACGGCACCAUGGGCCGCACUAGUCUGGAUGACACGUACGCCAUGGGGGAGGGGCUGAAGCGGAGUGCGCUCAGUAGCUCCUUACGUGAUCUUUCUGAUGCAGGGCUCCAUCUUUAGCAGUCCUCCUCUGCGCCGGAGAGAACCUUCCUUCCAUCUGUUUCCUGACAGACGCAGCGCUCCAAACUCCUCCUCCUCCCACCUUGGGUCACUUUUCGACAGUAGUCGGGUCAAGCACUUCGUCUCGGGCUGCCCUCCAUCUCCACCUCCCCAUCCCACCCUCAUAUUCCACAUGCCACAUCCAUUCAAUCUGCAUCACACGGCCCAGCUGCACGCACAGCACUCACAUCGAUGUCACUUCCCCCCAUAUCCUCCGCACUAUCACCACCUCCCACUAACACGCAGCCAACGUGGCCUGUAUCUCUUCAAACAGCUGCGCAGUAACCAUCAGCCCCGACACAGAGAACAACACAUGAUCACCAAACACAAACCCUGCGCUAUCAGCACGCUGGUGUGAGCUUUAUACGGACACGUGGUGAGCAAAACUGAGCCAUACCAGCCAAUCCGAACGGUGCAAAAAGAAUGGCGCAUGUGCAAAAACAGCAUCUGUGUUUGAUGUCUCUCAUACUAAUAGCAUUCUGCCUACGGGUGAAUGUCACAGGAUUAGAAUUAGGAAUUUAUGUUUUGCAUAAAGAAUGCUAAGGACCAUUAAGAUCUAUUGCACUGAAACAUAUUUUGUCAUGACACAUUUUAUAUUACUGUAAUGCAUUUUAAAGGCUUUUUUUUUUUUAUCUAACCCUGGAAAUAUUGUAAAACAAUGUUUUUUCAAUUAAUAUUAGCAUACACUAAAUCCAGUGCUGCACAAAUAUUUUUACAUUUAAAAAAAUACUUUUUUUCACAUUGCCGUAAUUUGGUCCUAAUAGGAUUCACAAUUGUAUAUUUAUUUAGAAUGUUAGAAUUGUGCUUAAUAAUAUCAGCAAAAAAUCUUAAUGGUCCCAAAUAUGGGUUUGCUGCCUUUAUGCAAAAUAUGAUAGAUUUUUUUUCCGACAGGUUUCUUGAUCUCCUUGACGGGUUUCGUUAAAUAUGCCCUGCUGAGGUUAUAAAAACAUACAACAAAAUAGUAGGUUUGCUUGCAUUCAUACAUUGUGUUUUUUGAGCCUGACAUUCGUUCAGACUAGCAGAAUGACAGAGUAGAUGUUCUAAUGCUGUAUUUGUUGUAGAUGACAGCUCUACAUGUUGUCUUAAUCAUAAAUGAACGUGCCAAUGACCAUUGCACCCACUAUAUUUUGUGUGUAGUACAGUAGUACAGUAGUGUAACUAAAACCAUUGUAAGCAAAAAGCGAUGUUAGAGAAUACUGUAAAAGAUGUAUUCACAAAUUUUUGAGAACAAUAUCUUGGUCGGUUUGAGUCGAGGUCAUGUUUAAAGAAGCUAUUAGAAACCUUCCAUUGUGAUCUGUUAUAAGGUGACUGAAGCACAAAUGCAGUAUCAUGCGGCACUUUGAACUGCUCAACUACAGUGACGUUGUACAGCAUCGUUUGAAUCUUACAGUAAGGGUUUUGAGGAGACAUGUUUGCAUGCCUGGAGUAAGUUUUUUUAGGAACUCUUUCUGAUUUUAUUUUUUUCAUAUUUUCUUUUCCUUUGGAGGAAACUCCAGGACUUCUGAGGGCCAGUGAUGGAAUUAUUUUUCUAUAUUUUAUGGAUUGUUCUUGUUUGUUCAUAAGUGCAAUAUGUUUGUCUUUAUGAACUGGUCACGGCUGAAGCAUCUUUACUAUUACUUCCUCAUAGUGGCGUAUAGAUUCUCAUCGAACAAGUGUUUUUACAUGGAAUGACAUGUCAAAGUGAUCGGCUAGGCUUUAACUGUGAUUUGUUAUUGAUGUUGUUCUUGGGUGUUUAUUUAUUAUUGAAAAUAAACCAGUGUUACCAUGGCAAUGAAGUGCAAUCAUGUAAAAAGUACUUUUCUUUUUUACUUUCAAACAACCAGGAGAUUGUUUCAGGUGAAUAUUCUGCUAUAUUAUGCAAGCAUCUGUAUGUUUAAAGGAAUGUAUCUAGAAAUUAACUUUGGAUCUGUGAAGUGAGGCAAAUGAAAAUGAUUGUUGUAAAGAUGCAUUCUGAUCAGAUACAUAAGCUGAAAACUGAAGAAUAACUUUUCGUUUUUUCAGUAUCAAAAUUUUGUAAUCUUUGUUUCAGAGCACGUUUUCAUGACCCCAAACCAAAGCGUUAGGUUUUCUUUUCAACAUAUCACAUAUAUUGAGUGCAAUAUUCAUUCUGAUGUACUAAAGUCAACAUGAAAACGGAUUAAAACGGACCCUACGCUUUCUUAACACAUUCCUGGUCUUAUUGCGUAAAAUGGUCUUCAUAUUCUGUUUGAAAAGUUUGCUUGAAAUCGUCACACCCUGUUAUUUGUCAACCCAGCUCCUUCAGUCACCUUUUUCUUUUACAAUUUGAUCAAUUCCUGAUGGAUAAAAGAAAAUCCCGCCUUACAUUGCUCACAUUUAAGGAAGUAAAAUAGGUUUGUGUGUUAUUUCAUGUUGACUUUAAGAAAAAUGUGUAAGAUUUUGCAUUCAUAUUACUUACAUAGUAACACUUUCCAAAGAUUUUUUGUUCUGCAUAAAAUGUUCAUAACAUGAAAAGAUAUUCUGAUAUUUUGAUUGACAGAUGAUGCCCCAAAAUGCACUGAAGGUUCAAAUGCAUCAUUCUUUUUUUUUUCUACCGUGAGCUGAUCAACACUCAGCCUUAACUCUACUUUAUUUCACUUUACCUCUCUUUCUUAUUAUUCUGUGUAUUUCUUAUUCUCUCUUUUUAUGUUUCAUCUCAGCAGCAUUUUCAUGUGUUCGACCUGUUGUUCUGUACUGUGUUGUGUGUUACUUCAGACAAUGCAACUCAUCCAUGUAAAAGAUGGCAUAAAAUGAUUGUGUCCCACUAUUAGCCCAUGUAAAGAGGGCUUGUGAAGACACAUUUGAGCAGUAAUAAAUAUAUAAGGGGACCAAGCUAGGAAUCAUUGUGUAUAUAGUGUGUACAGUAUCCUGACUGCAUAAUAUGACGUCUAUCUUUAUAUGAGCGGUGUGUUCCCGUCUGUUUUACUGUGCAUUACUGAAACAGACUGUUGAGAUCUUCUGUCUGGAUGUUUUUCUCCUCACAGGCUGCUAUCACACUGUCCAAAUCAACCACUCUGGCUCAUAGAAAAGGGCAUUGUUUUAUUUUGUUGUUGUAGAACAGAGAAUGCUUGUCAUCUGAAGUUUUAUUUUAUGUAAUGGUUAUCUAUGUCAGUGUACAGUCAAUGUAAAACUCAAACUGUGAUGACAUUCAGAACAUAAAAUAAAACGAAUAUAUGAUACA